AACAGCAGAACAGAGAUAUGACCAUUCUUAUCAUGUUGUGAAGGGUGUACUCAUGGGGAAGCCUUCCUCUUGUGCUCUUGUCCAACCUUUGCUAAGGAUUUUACAUUAAAAUAGAAAGGAUAAGUGAAAGGAUAAAAUCUAAAAUCUGUGUUGUAGGCAUCAUCCCAAACUUAGGCUUUGCUGAUCUUCAGGAGAAACAUUUUAACUUCAUUAGUCCUUUAAAUAAGUUUAUCCAAGAAAUUAAUGAGGUAAUUCGAUUACAGCCUACAAGCACUUACAUUAUUAGAAUCCUGAAACACGAAAAAAUCUGUUCUAAAGCCAGAAUCGUCAAAUGACCAGUCCAGCCAAGCCUGGAAAUAAAUUGUACAUUUAAACCACGAUGAGAAUUGUUCAUUGGAACAGACUGUGGAGCAUAACAGAGUAUCUGUUAUUUGGCUUCAUUAAAAUAAAUUGGAUCGCUUUCUAAAAGCUUUGCCUUUUCUCACUACUUUAUAUAUUUAAAACCUCUGAAAUAACAAAAAGACAUGCUUUGCCUUUCUGUGAGCAGAGGCAGCUAAGUGUUCUGUGGCUUGCUCUUUGGUUGUCAUUCUUCUUUGUGAAAUACCUACAAACACUUAAAUGACAGUGUCAAAAUGCAGAGUUUUUCUGAUGCAAAGCACAGUUUUGCACAAUUCUUUUACUUUUUUUUUUCUAGUAUGUUCAUAUAGAUUUCUUUUCUUUGUUUCAUUUUUGCUAGGACUUUUAGGUGAAGAUGCUUCGCUGCCAGCACCUCAGAAUAUCUCUAUUCUUUCUACCAACAUGAAACAUUUCUUAAUGUGGAGCCCUGUGACCGUCCAGGGAGAAACUGUGAGAUACUCUGUUGAGUUUCAGGGGGAGUAUGAACGAGAGUACGCUAAUGAGAGCUGGAUCCCCAUCUGUGAGUGUUCCCUCAUCACAGUCACUGCAUGUAAUAUCACAGAGGAUAUCUCAGCCACCGUGGCCUAUAACCUGCGCGUAAGGGCAGAUACUGGUGCUCAAAGAUCAGAGUGGGGCACCCUGAAAGGUUUCUUCAUUCGAAAUACAACUUUUCUGACCCCACCUCUGAUGAAGGCCGUAGCAGAUGGGUAUCAUUUACUAGUGGAGCUAGAAGACAUGGGACCUGCUUUUCAGUUCUGUGUUCUCUACUGGGAGAAGGGCCAGGAGAGCAGGAUGCAACAGAAGAUGGUGAAGGAGAUCAGCUCCACAAUUCAUCUGGCCACCAUGGAGGCAGCAGCUGAAUACUGCGUAAAAGCCCAGACAUACGUUGAGACAAUCAACAGACGCAGUAGCUUCAGCCAACCACAGUGCGUGAGGGCACAAGGCAGCAGAACCAUGUGGCCCAUCAGUGUCCUUUUGUCCUUUGCUGGCUUUGCUGUGGCUGCCUUGACUCUGCCUUUCCUUGCCUGGAAAACAAGAAGAAUCUUCCAGGAUUCCUGCUGCCCCAUUGCUGUCCUGCCAGAAACACUGAAAGUACCAGAGUCCCCCACCCAGCUGAUAUUGUGCGGGAGGGAAGAAGCAGAGCAAUGUGAUCUGAUGGUGCAUGUGAUCCCCUCUGAAGAGGUUCUCUGCCUGUGGAUUCAAGAAACACUUUAAGCAUCCUACUAAAAAA